AUGAGUGAUAGACUAAGUUAUGAAAAGGUAUCCCAGUUUGCAAAUGUCAAGGUACCACAGGAUAUCGAAGAUGAAAUGUUAAAUGUAUAUGCUACAUAUAGCAUUGAACAUGAUAUGAAUACUAAUGAUUUAGAACCUUAUUUCAAAGAUCUAGAGCUACCGAAAGAUCUGUACAAAUUAAUAAGGAAGGAAGACCUAGUUAUCGAAGGUACCAAUAUUAUUGAUUUUCAAUUACUAAUUAGAAGUACGUACCAUAUUUUGAUAUACAUUGAUAAUGGAGAUGUUAUUAAGAACUUAUGGACUACAAUGAUCAAAAAUUCUGGGAGAGAUGUUCAGUUUCCAAAUACCAAACUAACAGACCAUGUUCUCAGUGUGAAAGAUCUUCAGAAAAUAUCCAAUGUUAUAGGCGUUUCAGACCAAUCUGGUCUGAUACAAAUGAUGAGUUGCGCUACAGAAGGAAAUAGAUUGUUUAUUACAUAUCUAGACUUUGCAUCUGUAUUAGGGAAAUUGGGUUUACUACGGUAUAGGAAAGCUUAA